AUGUCAUCGGCUGCUUCUAAUAUCGCAGGCUUGUUUUUCUGUGUUAAAAAUAAUGUCUUGUUUAUUUCUAUAGAUGCAAAUCUUCCCAGGGAAAAUGCUGGAGCUGCAACAGAGACGCAAAGCGAGAAGAGUGAUGAUGAUGAGGAUGAUGAUGAUGAUGAUGAUGAUGAUGAUGAUGAGGAUGAUGAAGCACCUGCACAUGUGGAGCUUCCAUCGGUUGAGGAGGAUGAAGAGGAGAUGUUGUUGAAGGAGAAGGCCAAACUUUACCACUGGGACUGUGAUAUUAACAAGUGGAAAGCCCGAGGUGAAGGAGACAUUAAGAUCCUUUUCCAUCCCUCGAGGAAGAUCUACCGCGUAUUUAUGAGGCAAGAAGGGGAUAAAAAGGUGUGUGUAAACCACUGCAUCACCAGAGCCAUUCACCUGAAACCAAUGAACACUUCUGCAAACGCAGUGACAUGGACCGCUGCUGACUCUUCAGAGGGAGAUGCUGUAUUACGGAGGUUUACUGUCAAGUUUAAGACUCCGGAACUGGCUGUUUCUUUCACAAAAACUUUUACAGACUGUAAAAGUCACAUAUCAGAGUUAACACAAACUUCGCAAAAGUAAAGCUGCCUUUCCUAUCUAAUAACCUAGGUCAGAGGUCACACUGAACGAAUGUUAAUGUUAGAACAAUGAUGUCACUAUAAGCAGCAUAGAAUGAGUAUAAAGUCUAGCUUUGACUUGAUCAAGCCAUUAAAACUAUGUAAAUAUUUAUUUUUCUAUAUUUUUCAAGGUUUGAAUUAGUAGUGAUGGAAAUAAUACUACUAUUUGAAAAAAAAAAACUUGUUUAAAUAUAAUUUGCACAGUGACAAAGUUAUUUUUGCUCCACAUAUGUAAAGGUCUUUGGUUUUUGUCUGGAGAAAAGAGAUGAUGUAAUCUUUGAAUAAACACGAUUUUUGUAAACACA